UUCAUCUUUUAAGUGAUAAGUUCUUCUGGUUCGUCUUCUGUAAUUUUUCCACAAAUGAGUAGCGGAUUAGGGUUGAGAACUUGGGGGUUAAGAUUUAUAUCAACAACUGAGAGAUUUUCUCCACUUCCACUCAGAGAUUUUAGAUUUUCUGUAAGCUACAAAUACAAUAAGCUACUCACCACUUGCUGUUCCAACAGUUCCGACUCAAAGACCACGAACAAGAAGAAGAAGCAGAAAGUAAUUGUAAUAUCUGGUCCUACUGGUGCAGGAAAAAGUAAACUUGCUCUAGAACUUGCUAAAAGAAUCAAUGGUGAAAUUAUCAGUGCUGAUUCUGUUCAAGUGUAUCAAGGACUUGAUAUUGGUUCUGCCAAGCCUUCUCUUAGUGAUAGAAAGGAUGUGCCACACCAUUUGCUUGACCUAAGGCCCCCUUUUGAAGAGUAUUCUGUCGGGCAAUUCUUCGAGGAUGCAAGACAAGUUACUGAGGAGAUUAUCGAUAAUGGCCGUGUACCAAUAGUUGCUGGUGGGACUGGAUUGUACUUAAGAUGGUAUGCAUUGAUUGUACGGUACAUAUAUGGGAAGCCAGAUGUUCCAAAAGCAUCUCCAGAGAUUGCUUCGCAAGUGCAAUUGGAGCUUAGUGAAUUCCAGAAGAAUGAGGAUUGGGAAGCAGCUGUACAGUUGGUGGUAAAAGCUGGUGACUCGAAGGCUGAAGAAUUGGCACUCAACGACUGGUAUCGCUUAAGACGUAGCCUUGAGAUAAUUAGGGCAAGUGGGUCACCUCCAUCUGCUUUCCGAGUACCCUAUGAAUCUUAUAAGCAACAGUAUCAAUCAAAGUUAUCAGAUGACUCCCUCGAUGACACUGUUUCUGGUGAUGUGCUUGGAGAAAAACUUUCACAGGAUUUGGACUAUGACUUCAUGUGCUUUUUCCUUUCAAGCCAAAGGCUGGAUCUUUAUAGAAUGAUCGAUUGCCGGUGCGAAGAUAUGCUUUCAGGAAGCGAUGGAAUUUUGGCCGAGGCUUCAAGACUUCUUGAUAUGGGUCUUCUUCCAAACUCACAUUCUGCAUCUCGAGCAAUCGGUUAUAGACAAGCGAUGGAGUAUUUACUGAGAUGCCGGGAACAAGGUGGUAGGAGCUCCCCCCAAGAUUUCUACUACUUCCUGACAGAAUUUCAGAAAGCAUCUAGAAAUUUUGCGAAAAGGCAAAUGACGUGGUACCGUAAUGAGCUUAUUUAUCACUGGCUUGAUGCUUCAAAACCCUUGGAGAAAGUACUCGACUUUAUCUCUGCUGCAUACCAUGACCAAACCGGAAACAUAGUGGUACCUGAAUCACUUAGAAUGAAGAAAGAGCUAUCGAAUCGAAAGCAAAUAUCCAUGUUGAAUAGUUACCGCAGUAAAAACAGAUAUUUUGUUUCGCGUGAAGAUUGUUCUGAUGUAUUGGAUUGGAUUAGAAGGACUCAAGGGGAAAUCAGUGAAGUACUCUGUGAAUCUUCAUAGGGCUUCCAUUUCUACUCCAAGAAAUCAAAAUUUGGAACGAAAAACCGAGCAGAUUCAGUUUCUAGCAAAGUGAAUUGAAUGGAGGCCAUGAUUCGGUGCUUGCAACUUCAAACUGGCAUAUGUUUACAAGGUCUUGGAACAUAGUUGACUAUAAUUUUAGGGCCUGUGGUAUUAGGAUUCGUCUAGCAUAUGUCAGUUCCCUAUUUUUCUUCUGCUUCUGGGAUGAGAGUUUUUGAGGGUAGAAUAAUAUUUGUACUCAAAUGUAUGUUUGUGUGCACUUUGCUUACGUAAAUGUACUGUCUUGAAUAGAGGUGUUCACCUUAAGAUUUUGAUAGCGGUUUCAGGUUCAUUUGCCUAGUCCUAGAGCAGAAAAUCUGCAGAAUAGAUCUAUACCAUUAUGGUUGUAACUGAUUUGUUGUUAAAAUAGGUACAUGUAAAAAAAGAAAAAAAAACCAUGCAGGUAAGAUUUUUUUUUUGCA